AUGUCAAUCAUCAAUUCAUGUCUGCCUGUGUUCUCAUUGCAGAGCUCCUCUGACAAGGAUUCUAUCCUGGCCAUCCUACAGGUCCUUGGAGAUUUGCUUUCUGUUGGCACAGACCGGAGGAUUCAUUACAUGAUCAACAAAGGUGGCAGUGAAGCCCUUCUCCAGACUCUGGUGGACACGGCAAGGGCAGCUUCUCCUGACUAUGACAUCCUCCUACCCCUCUUUAGGCUGCUGGCCAAAAUUGGCUUAAGAGAUAAGAAGUUUGGACAGAAGGCAUUGGAAUUGGAAGCACUUGAUGUGACCUUGAUUCUGGCCAGGAAAAACCUGUCUCAUAGCCAUAACCUCUUGCACUGUCUCUGGGCUCUGCGUGUGUUUGCCUCCAGUGUAACCACAGGAGCCAUGCUGGGAAUUAAUGGAGCCAUGGAGCUGCUUUUCAAGGUCAUUUCUCCUUAUACCAGAAAGCGCACGCAAACAAUCAGGGCAGCCACUGAAGUUUUGGCAGCAUUGCUGAAAUCCAAGUCUAACUGCCGCAGGGCAGUGAACAGAGGCUAUGUCUCCAGCUUGCUAAGGCUGCAUCAGGACUGGCACAGACACGACAUGGCCAACACCUACUUGCUGAUCCGCCGGGAGCUCUUGCUCUGCCUCAGGCACAUCGUCACCCUCCGGUCUGGCAGGGAGGCCUUCCUGGCGGCCCAGGGCCUGGAGACUCUCUUCAGCAUUGCACAGAACCACCUGGACAACAAGAGCAUGGAACCUGUCAUCUCUGCCGUGUUUCAGAUCCUCAGGCAAUGCUACCCUGAGAGUCCACUUCCUCUGGUCACAACCAGCAGUGCCUAUACAUUUCCAGCCUCUGGGAACAUCAACUUGGCACCUCCAUAUGCUCUUACUGAAGAGUAUUUUGAAGAUGAUGGUGACGAAGAGGUGGACAAAGAUUCAGAUUUGGAAGAUGUGAAAGACGAUGAUGACUUAGAAACUGAUGUAAAUAAGCUGUGUUCUAAGCCUGGUCUUGACCGAGCUGAAGAGGAACUGAUGCAAUAUGAGGCGGUGUGUCCUGAGCUCUCCUACAGCUUUGAGGAACUGGACCCAAAAUAUGGAGAUGAUCUGAACUUCGAAGAUACUCAGCACGCCAAUCAUGAGCUCAUUCCAAGUGCUGCUUUCCCACGGCAGCGACAACAUUGCUUCAACCCAGACCAAAGUUCCUGGGGAAAAGAAAGAGAAGAUACAGUCCACACUUCCAUUCUGAGCAUGGUGAAGACAGGGAAAGCCACUGUACAGAGAUCCUCUAAAACAAGACCUGGAAUGAACGCAUACCAAAGUGGCAAGCAAAAUGGUUUGGGGACAGAUUCUUUUGGAAAUGAUACCCUUGACAUUCAGACUUUCCUAGAAGAGGAUGCUUGGGACAUAGAAACAAUUUCUUGCCCAAGAAUAAAUGCCUCCUUUCCCAACUCUACUAAACCGAAAGAAACCAAUGACAUAGUAGAGAAGCUUUUGCAUACACACCCCAAGCACAUCCCUUUCCAUGAUCCUGGUCUUUAUAUGGCCAAUGCUAGGAGAACCAGAUCUGCUGUGGGUUUCAAAGCGAUGGCAUUUCCUGAUUUCUGGGGACACUGUCCACCUUCUACCCCUCAGCCCAUGCUGGAUCGCAAAUGUGGAAUACAGAGGAUCAAGAUACUUGAGGAUGUCCGAAGGCUCCUCCAGCCAAGUGAUGUUAUAAAUAAAGUUGUCUUCAGCUUAGAUGAGCCUUGGCCCAUGCAAGACACUGAUUCCAAUUGCUUGACGUUCUGCUCCAAGUUUGAAUCAGGAAAUCUUCGCAAAGCCAUCCAAGUGCGUGAGUUUGAGUAUGACUUGCUGCUCAAUGCUGAUGUGAACAGCUCCCAGCACCAGCAGUGGUUCUACUUCAAGGUGAGCGGCAUGAAGGCUGCUGUCCCUUACCGCUUCAACAUCAUCAACUGUGAGAAGGUCAACAGCCAGUUCAACUAUGGGAUGCAGCCGACCCUCUAUUCUGUGAAGGAGGCUCUUCUCGGUAGACCUGCUUGGAUACGGACAGGCUCUGAAAUCUGUUACUACAAAAAUCAUUAUCAUCAGAACUCAGCUACUACAGGAGGAGCAUCUGGGAAGUGCUAUUACACUCUGACCUUUGCUGUCACCUUCCCGCACAAUGAAGAUGCCUGCUACCUGGCCUACCACUAUCCCUACACCUUCUCCACCCUCAUGACUCAUCUCGACAUCCUGGAAAAAUGUAUCAACCCUAGACAAGUCUACUUCCGGCAGGACGUUCUCUGCCAGACCCUGGGAGGGAAUCCAUGUCCAUUGGUGACUAUCACAGCCAUGCCCGAGUCUAACAGUACCAACCAUCUGGAGCAGCUCCGCCAUCGUCCAUAUCAGAUGAUCACAGCCCGGGUUCACCCAGGGGAGAGCAAUGCCAGCUGGGUGAUGAAGGGUACCUUGGAGUUCCUGGUCAGCAGUGACCCUGUGGCAAAGCUCUUGAGAGAAAAUUUCGUGUUUAAGAUCAUCCCUAUGCUCAAUCCAGAUGGUGUCAUCAAUGGCAAUCACAGAUGCUCACUGAGUGGGGAGGAUCUCAACAGACAGUGGCUCUUUCCCCAAGCUCAUCUUCAGCCAACGAUCUAUCAUGCCAAAGGCCUCCUCCACUACCUGAGUAGUAUCGGCCGGGGGCCUACGGUCUUCUGUGAUUUCCAUGGUCACUCACAGAAGAAGAAUGUGUUCCUUUAUGGAUGUAGCAUGAAAGAAACCUUAUGGCAAGCAGGAUGCACUGUGGGUGGAUCUGCUCUCUUGGAGGAUGUCAGCUACAGGAUGCUCCCUAAAAUCCUGGAUAAGCUAGCACCAGCAUUCACCAUGAACAGCUGCAGCUUCCUUGUGGAGAAAUCUCGAGCCUCUACAGCCAGGGUGGUGGUGUGGAGAGAGAUGGGAGUGUUCAGAAGCUACACCAUGGAAAGCAGCUAUUGUGGCUGCAACCAGGGCCCUUACCAGGGCCUACAGUUUGGUACCAGUGAACUGGAGGAGAUGGGAGCCAUGUUCUGCUUGGGUCUCCUGAUUUUGGAACUCAAAUCUGUAAACUGUAGCCGUCAGUUCCUGGCUCAUGCUGCAACGCUGCUGAAUGCAGAAAAAGAUGUUCUGGACCAUCACCUCCAGAGGUGCAGCAGCAGCAGCAGCUGCAGCAGGAGUACUUCUGAGGUGGAUGAUGAGCCAUCCUGCAUGGAAGAGAUUGAGUACAGUGCAGAGAGCAGCUCAGACCCAGAGCAGAGCUUCUCUGAGCUGGACAGGCAGAUCCAGGAGUGUGCCUUCAACAAGGAGGAAGAAGAGGAAGAAGAGGAAGGGAGAGUACGGAGAAGAUCUGUCCCAUAA